CCCUGGCAACGGUUUGUUCCUAGCAACCAGCCUGAGGUGUGGAGGUGGUGCGGAGGGAGCCGCCUACGGACCAGGGACUCCUGCCAUGAAUCCGCCGGGGUCCCUAGAGGCCCUGGACCCGAACGUGGACGAGCACUUGUCCACUCAGAUUCUCGCGCCCUCGGUCCACUCCGACAACCCUCAGGAGCGCAUCCAGGCCCGGCGCCUGCGCAUCGCGGCGCGCCUAGAAGCCCGGAGGCGGGAAGCACUUGAAGAAUAUUUAGAUGGGAAGAAGGAGAGUGAGGAGGAUCAAAGCAAGAGCUACAAACAGAAAGAAGAAAGCCGAUUGAAAUUGGCUAAACUUCUGCUCUGUGGCACGGAGUUGGUGACAAAUAUCCAGGUGGCUAUAGAUAUCAGAGAGAGUCACAGGAGAGUCGAAGAAGAGGAGAUAAAGCGUCAGAGGAUUGAGAAGCUGGAGAAUGAAGCUAAGAUCAGCCAGGACAAAUUCGAUGAAAUCACCUCAAAGUGGGAAGAGGGCAAGCAGAAGAGAAUUCCCCAAGAGCUGUGGGAAAUGCUCAAUACACAACAGCUGCACUGUGCUGGACUCUUAGAAGAUAAGAACAAACUCAUCAGCGAGUUACAGCAGGAGUUAAAAAUAAAGGAUGACCAGUAUGUGAAGGAUUUGAAGAAACAGUCAGAUGACAUCUGCCUGCUUCUGGAGCGGAUGGAAGAACAGGUGAAGAAUGUGAUGAAAACCUUUCGUGAGGAGCUCUAUAACAUUGAGAAAGCAUUUGAGGUGGAACGCCAAGAGCUACUGGCCAGUAAUAAGAAGAAAUGGGAGCGAGCCCUUCAGGCUCAUAAUGCCAAAGAGCUGGAGUAUCUUAUCAACCGCAUGAAGAAAGUAGAGGACUAUGAGAAGCAGCUGAACAGGCAGAGGAACAGGGAUUGUGAAGAAUACAACAUGAUCAAGAUCAAGCUGGAGCAGGAUGUGCAGUUUCUUGAGCAGCAGCUUCAGCAGAGGAAAGCAAUUUAUCAGCUAAACCAAGAGAAAUUAGAGUACAACUUGCAGGUGCUGAAGAAGAGAGAUGAAGAAAGCACAAUGAUUAAAUCCCAGCAGAAGAGGAAGAUCAAUCGCCUGCAUGGUAUACUUAACAAUCUGAGAUCAAAAUAUGCCAAGCAAAUAAAGCAGUUUCAGGAGGAGAACCAGUCUCUAACCUCGGACUACAAACGUCUUGUGAUGCAAUUCAAGGAGCUACAGAAAGCCAUGAGGCAUUCUGCUCUUAUUGAUGAUAAGAAGUUUCGGGAGGUUUGGCUGGUGAAUGAAGAGGAGGCGAAGGACCUAAUAGCCAGAGCCUUUGAUGUGGACAGGAUCAUCCACACCCAUCAUCUGGGGCUUCCCUGGGCAGCACCUGAUUUCUGGUUCCUGAAGAAUGUCGGGCCUAUUUCUCAGCAGCCCCAGAAGUCCGCCACACAGAUAGUAGAAGAAAUGCUUAUGCGCACAGAAGAGGAGGAGGCAGAAGAGGCCACCUCGGAACCAGAGUCCUACCUGGACCUGCCGAAGCAAAUUUCUGAAAAAACUACCAAGAGGAUCCUGAUGCUCCUGUGUGAUGAGUCGAUAUUUGGGGACAAGACUAUGGGUGAAGCAGGAGCCUGUGACUGGGUCAGCUUUGGACUGUGGUGGGGGCCUCAGGAGUUUUCCCAGUGGCUUGUGGGUGAGGGGUUCCUCAUAGAGAGCAAGCUGCUGAGUCUUCUCCUGCCCCUGGAGCAGAAUGAAUGCUAUCUGCUGAGGCUGGAUGCCAUCUUCUCCGCCCUUGGAAUUGAAAGUGAGGAUGACUUGUAUAAACUGGUGAACUUCUUCCUUAAAUAUCGAGCUCACCGUUUAUCUUCCAGCCUCCAGAUCAAGCCCUGCAGUCAGGCGAGCAUGGAGAAGGCGAGCAUGGAGGAGACAAGCAUAGGGUCAGAAUUGGAGCUGGCAGAGCAGACGGAGAUGGAAGGAGAAAAGGAAGAAAGCCUGGUGGAAGGGGGGAAGGAGGAAGAGGAGGAGACCCCACCCUGCCCCUGGGUCAUCCACCCCAAUGAUGUCCUCAAGAUUCUGGAGGCCUUCGUCAUGGGUCUGAAGAAGCCUAGGGACUCGCAGACCCUGCCGAGGGUGCAGAAGAAUGUGCACAACAACUCCAAGGACUCAGAGUACUGGCAGGCCCUGACCACGGUGAUCCCUUCCUCCAAGCAGAACCUCUGGGAUGCCCUCUACACAGCCUUGGAGAAGUACCACCUUGUCCUGACCCAGAGGGCCAAGCUGCUGCUGGAAAACAGUUCUCUGGAGCAGCAGAACACAGAGCUGCAGGCGCUACUGCAGCAGUAUCUGAACUCCAAGAUCAACUCUGAACUGCAAGUUCCUCCCACUAAGGUGUUGCAGGCACCCACAAAAUAGAGCUGGACCUCCAAAGGCUGAUGUGUUAGGGCUGGCCUCAUGCUGGUGUCUACACUGGAGCUGGCUCAUAUCACCCACUAGGCUGCACCUGGGCCCACUCCCUGGAUUUUCCAGGGCUGUCUUUAUAGCCUGUCGAAAUAAGGAGCCAGAGGAGUUACCUGUGUCCUGCAUUAUGAUUAAAGCCUUCUAAAAGUUG